AUGUUUCCUGUCGUACGCGGUACCACCAUCAUAUCAAAUUUACUGGACAGGCUUGAGCCUCUUGAGCCAAACAACUACAUAAUAGCCCUUGGCAAGGGUAGCCUUCAAUUCAUUGGCAGCCCUAACGGCUACAAAGCCAUUGGCACACAUCGGCCGCCAGCCUUGGAAGAAUUCCUGGUGAAUCUUACCAGAUCAAAAACUCACAAAUCUCAUCUGCGGAUACGAUUUGGAGCAAGCGGUUCUUUUGUUGCAUGGUCAAACACAGUUUGGAUCUGCUCCAAAGUUCCACCACAGCUCAUUUUAAGAUUGCAGCUAAUCAGUUCGUACUCAUGCAAAAAGAAUAACACUACCAAGGGUGUGUUUAAGGAUGAACCACUAGAUGAUGUGCAGUGGCAUUCCAACGGAUCGUUCUACGCCAAGAAAGGCAAUAACGACAUAUGGAGCUUUAGCGCAUACUCUGUUAGCUCUGCAUGGUAUGAGAUGUGGGAGGGUCUGGGCAUAGACGAGCGAUCAAGUACAAUUGCAAAGGAGCUUGCUCAUGUCACUAUAAGUCCGUAUUCAAAAAAGGGAGAAACAUUUGCCUUCAUCAAAAAGACGGAACCAGGCAAAGAGCCACCGUUCAUCGUUCAUUUUGAAGGGGAGCAAAGACAUUCUAACUUCACUGUCGACGAGAGCAACACGACUCCUCCUCCAAAGAGAUAUCCUCGGCUCGAUAACUUGGAUGGACGCGACUUUCGAUUAGCUAUCAGCAAGAAGACUCGCCAACGUCCUACAAAUGACUCAUGGGAUUUGGGCCUGAACAAGGGCGAGGGACUUCUGGUUCUGCGCGACAUGAGACGUCACAUUGGAUGGGUACACGGCUCCUGGAUUGACUUUUGUGACAAUAAAGGAGAUCAAGAUCCUAAAGCGGCAUACGCCAGAUUCAUGGAGGACCUCGAUAAGAUGUUCAUCCAGGGUCAAUUGCAGGAGUUUCCGGCGAUGAAAAGCUAUGUUGAUGAUUGUACCAAGGUGGAAUGCAAGCCGCAAAAGCAAGACGAGUCCCUGUUGGGGAUUUGUAUCCACGAUCUACUGGCACUGCUCGAGGGUUCCGGUAGGUUUUCGUACGAGUGGCUCAAGGAAGGCCGCAACCUCUGGCAUCCGGAUAGGUUUGCCAGGUUCUGCAAGCCUGAAGAAGCCGAGCGGCUGAAGCCCAUGGCCGAGCAAAUGUUCGUCAUGCAUGGGACACUGAUGGAUAAAUGUACUAGGCGUUAG